AUGAUAAAAUCUUAAAAACCAUAAAAGAAUCUUUAAAAAAAAAAUCAUUAAAAAAUAAACAAAAAAAUAAAUAAAAAAUAAAUAAAUAAAUAAUUAAAAUCAGCUAACAGAAAAAUCAGUUAAAAACGAAACAAUUUAAAUAAAAAAUAAAUAAAAUUAAUUAAAUAUCAUCAAAGCAACUAAUUUUAACUGCCUUUGAUUUAUUUUUUAUAAAGAACAUUUUCUUAAAUAGAUUUUAAUGUAAAAUAAAUUUUAGUUAUUUUUAGUAUGAAAUUAUUAUUUAAUUAUUUCAAAACUCUUUUCAAAAAAAGUUUCUAAUAAUACUUGCAGAUAAAAUAUAAAUCUUUAUUUAAAUUUUAUGACUAAUUAUAGUAAAUAUACUUAAUUCAUUAAUAAAACUAUUCCAAUUUGAUUUAUUAUUUUCUUAUUUUAGUUUUAUAAAUUAAAAAUUAUAAAAAAAGUAAAUUUCAGCUAUAUAAAAUAUUUUCAUCAAUAAUUAUUGAUUGA